CCCUCCGCCGCCAGCGCGUGGUCCCGGCCCCCUCCACCCGCUGUCUCGGCCGCGGCCAGCAGCCCCUGCCCCCCGGGGGACGCUGACGGCCGCCGGGCGCGCCGCCCUAGCAGACGGACAGGGGGCGCUGCGCCCGGCCUGGGGCAACCCGGGCCACAGGGGCAAGAAAGUGAGGGCCCAGGUCGGCCCGGGCGUGCAGGGGCCCCGGGUUCGCAGCGGCGGCCGCGGCCGCGAGAGCCGCACCAGCAGUAGCAGCAGCGCGAGUGCCGGGUUGAGCCGAGAAGCCCAUGGCGGCGGCGGCGGCGGCCCCGAUUCCUCGCUGACUGUCCGUCCGCCCUCCUGCAUUGAGCGCCAUGUUACCGAGCCAAGCUGGGGCCGCGGCGGCUCUGGGCCGGGGCUCAGCCCUGGGGGGCAGCCUGAACCGGACCCCGACGGGGCGGCCGGGCGGCGGCGGCGGGACUCGCGGAGCUAACGGGGGCCGGGUCCCCGGGAACGGCACGGGGCUUGCACCGGGCCGUCUGGAGCGAGAGGCUGCGGCAGCGGCAGCAACCACCCCGGCGCCCACCGCGGGGGCCCUCUACAGCGGCAGCGAGGGCGACUCCGAGUCGGGCGAGGAGGAGGAGCUGGGCGCCGAGCGGCGCGGCCUGAAGCGGAGCCUGAGCGAGAUGGAACUCGGCGUGGUGGUCGGUGGGCCCGAGGCGUCGGCAGCGGCCACCGGGGGCUACGGGCCGGUGAGCGGCGCGGUGAGCGGGGCCAAGCCGGGGAAGAAGACCCGGGGCCGCGUGAAGAUCAAGAUGGAGUUCAUCGACAACAAGCUGCGGCGCUACACGACCUUCAGCAAGAGGAAGACAGGCAUCAUGAAGAAGGCCUAUGAACUGUCCACGCUGACAGGGACACAGGUGCUGUUGCUGGUGGCCAGUGAGACAGGCCAUGUGUAUACCUUUGCUACCCGCAAACUGCAGCCCAUGAUCACCAGUGAGACCGGCAAGGCAUUGAUUCAGACCUGCCUCAACUCGCCAGACUCUCCACCCCGCUCAGACCCCACCACAGACCAGAGAAUGAGCGCCACUGGUUUUGAAGAGACAGAUCUCACCUACCAGGUGUCGGAGUCUGACAGCAGUGGGGAGACCAAGGACACACUGAAGCCAGCGUUCACAGUCACCAACCUGCCCGGUACCACCUCUACCAUCCAAACAGCCCCUAGCACCUCCACCACCAUGCAAGUCAGCAGUGGUCCCUCCUUCCCCAUCACCAACUACCUGGCACCAGUGUCUGCUAGUGUCAGCCCCAGCGCUGUCAGCAGUGCCAACGGGACUGUGCUGAAGAGUACAGGCAGUGGCCCUGUCUCCUCUGGGAGCCUUAUGCAGCUGCCUACCAGUUUCACCCUCAUGCCUGGUGGGGCAGUGGCCCAGCAAGUUCCUGUGCAGGCCAUUCAGGUGCACCAGGCGCCACAGCAAGCGUCUCCCUCUCGUGACAGCAGCACAGACCUCACGCAGACCUCCUCCAGCGGGACAGUGACGUUGCCUGCCACCAUCAUGACGUCAUCCGUGCCCACAACAGUGGGCGGUCACAUGAUGUACCCUAGCCCCCACGCGGUGAUGUAUGCUCCCACGUCAGGCCUGGCUGAUGGCAGCCUCACCGUGCUCAAUGCCUUCUCUCAGGCACCAUCCACCAUGCAGGUGUCCCACAGCCAGGUCCAGGAGCAAGGUGGCGUCCCCCAGGUGUUCCUGACCGCACCGUCUGGCACAGUGCAGAUUCCUGUCUCUGCAGUCCAGCUUCACCAGAUGGCUGUGAUAGGACAGCAGACCGGGAGCAGCAGCAACCUCACUGAGCUACAGGUGGUGAACCUGGACGCCGCCCACAGCACCAAGAGUGAAUGAUCCGUCCGCCACCCUGGACAGAUGGCCCACGGGAUGGCACCACUUAUUUAUUGUUGCCUUUUCACGUUUUCUUUACACACAUGUUGACGGGCCACAGGAGGGAGGCGGGAGAAGGAGUGGGCAGCUACAGGACUAUGCCCUCUCACUCCAGCCAAAGAAAUGGGCCUGCCUGCCUUCCCUCCCCGUCCUCCCUCACCCUCCUCCCCUCCUUCCUGCUCUGCCUCCCAUUUCUAUUGAUGGUGGGGCUCUCCUCCUCUCCCCCCCCCCAAACUCCCUGUGCCAGCUUGGCUCGAUGUUUGCCAUGAGUAUUAACUUACCCAACAGGACGGUGCCCCCCACACCCCGUUCCCACUCGCAGACCUUCUGUGGGACUGGGCACUGUGUCCUCCCCUGAGGAAGCAGUUUAGGGCCCUCUGUCCAGCCUCCUUGCUGACCCCAUGUCAGUACUAUGUCUGCCACAGGCUUGGUCAAAAGAGCUCUGCCCUUGCCCCUCAGGGAGCCAGCUGGGGAGAUGGGAGCUUCUUCCCUCCCGCCGCCUCCCUCUGCCCUUUCAGCUCCUGAGGAGCUGGGCCUGCGCACUGGGCAGGUUCCUGGGGCCACCUGCCCUGCUUUGCCGCUCCCAUGGACCUCCAGGGGCUCUGGGGUUGGAGGAAACCACCAGCGUUCCCUUCUCCCCCUUGUCUUCCCCCCUCUCCUCCCAGCUGCUUUAAAGUUGAUUUUGAACUUUUUAUUUGAGGAGACGAAGUGAAAACAAAUCUAUAAAUAUAUAUUUUUAAAAUAUUUAACUUUUUUUUAAUGGCGUUUUUCUCAUCCCCCUCCCUGCCCAAACUCCCCCUUCCCUGGGGAGCCCGGGCUCCCCAGAACUGGCUGGGCCCCUGGGGAACAGAGCUACCCCAUGAGCAAGGGUCCACCAGUUGUGGCAGGGGAGAUUCUGGGAUUGCCGGUCCUGGGUUGUUUCCAGGAAGAAAGCCCCCGGGGAGGAGCCCUCAGGCCAUGCCCCAGUGUUUGGGCUGUUGCUAGGGAGAGGGAAGAGGGAGACCAAAUAUGUGGGGUUCAGGGGGGGUGGGAGGGUGUCAGGUCGAGGCAACUGACUUCAUUUGUGCCACAUGCAUGGGCAUUGCAGCCUUGUGCACCCCCAGGCCUGCAGCUGCCUGGGGCUCAAGUUGCAGUGAGCAGGGUGGGGUCCGGGAGGUGGGGGGGGGAGAGCAGGACUGAGAGUGGGGGGGUCAGAAGUAGGAGCAGCUCUAGGGCUGAGUGCCGCAAUGGGGAGCCAGCAAGGGGCAGCUCUCCCAGGAAGUGAGCAGCUACUGUAACUUUUUUAAAUUAAGACAAAAAAAGCCUUGAAGAAAAUGACUUUAUUUUUCUAAGUGUAACCUCAGUAUUUAUGUAAUUUGUACAGGGGCCAUGCCCCACCCCUCUCUGCCCCCUGGGGGUAGUCCUUGAGGGUGGGUCAGCAUACGGGGAGGGUCUUUUACCCUGUGUCACAGCCGACCUUCACCACCUGUAUCCAGAAAGGAGGCUUUUUCCAGACUGGGGCAGCAGAUGGGGUGGCGUCUUAUGAACCCUACAUGGCUGCCUUCAGUAGGAACAAGCCUACUUCUGUGGUUAGAUGAGGGGGUGGGGAAGAUAUUUACGCACAGCCUAGGUAUCACCAGGGAUGAUUUGCCGACAUGUUUGGGAACUCCUUAAGCUCUAAUCCCCAUUGCUGUCUUGCCCCAGUCCGGGGUACUAAGAUGGAAGUCACCUUUCUUGGCUUUCUUCUGAAGAUAGCUGGGGCUUAUGGGUGACUUUCAAGGCUGGGGCAUGGCAAAUCAGGCCGGAGUGGGGGAGCUUGGGACUCAGGUCUGUAACUGCCCAGCCCCUUUCUCUGCUCGUUUCUCUCCACAACCACUCACCCCCCCCUCCCCACCACCCAUGGAAGGAGAUGUUGGAUUCCUUUUCUCCUUCUCACAAAAGACAGACCCAGUGAGUGAAUCAGGCAAAGUGCUUAAUAAUGUGUGUUGUGUGAGCAUGGCCUUGGGAAGAACGGGUGUCAGGGAUGAGGUGGCAUUUCCAUGUGCAGCGACCCUUGGUGUUUCCCUUCCUUGGUGGCUCUGGGGUGUGUGUGCGUGCGCGUGAGCGUGCCUGAGUGAAUGUGUGUGAAUGUAGGGUGUGUGUAUCAGUGGUUUCUACUUCCCCUGGGAUGCCAUCCCAGGAAUAGUGGACAUAGUCACAGUCCUAUGUACAGAGCUUUCUUUUGUAUUAAAAAAAAUUACUCUUUCAAUAAAUGUAUCAUUUUUGUGCACAGA